AUGAAGAUGAUCGCAGUUUUCGCCGCCGUCCUGGCCGUAGCCCUCGCCGCUCCCCAGUACCACUUCCAACACCAGGAUGAUCCACAUGUGGUGACCCUCGUCAAGGAAACCCCCUCGAACAACAUCGGAACUGAUGGAUACACUUUCGGCUUCGAACAGUCCGACGGACAAAAGAGGGAAGAAUCGGCUCAGGUUGAAUUGCGUGGCCCAAAACCCGAGGAUGCCAUCCUCCGUGUCCGCGGAUCUUUCAGCUACGUUGGCACUGACGGCAACACGUACACCGUUUCCUACAUUGCCGACGAAAAUGGCUUCCAGCCCCAGGGCGCCCACUUGCCCGUAGCUUAAGACCCACACUUCGUCAUUUCAUCUAGUCUAACCCGCACCGUUCAUACAUUUUCUUCAGCAAAUAAAAAAAUCAUUUU